AUGAAGAAAUUCAAAUGGGAUGAAGAUUGUCAAACUGCGUUAAAAGAACUGAAGUCGUUCUUAACUAAUCCACCCCUGCUGAGUAGACCGAUAGUCGGAGAGACAUUAUACUUGUACCUAUCAGUAGGGAGAGAGACUAUUGUCUCAGUACUUGUACGAGAAGUAGAAGAGGAACAAAGACCAAUCUAUUACAUAAGUAGAACACUGAAAGGGGCAGAGCUUAACUACCCAACCAUCGACAAACUUGCUCUAGCCGUGGUGGUGACAGCUAAAAAUCUUAAGCCGUAUUUCCAAGGACACACAGUCGUAGUACGCACAAACCAGCCGUUGAAGAAAGCGCUCCAUCGACCGGAGACCUCAGGACGAUUGGUUAGCUGGUCAGUACAGUUGGGGGAACAUGAUAUUAGAUAUGAACCAAGAACAACCUUGAAGGCUCAGGCACUCGCUGACUUCGUGGCAGAGAUGACGGAGAAGCCAUGUGACUUAGUCACCGAAGAAUUGACAUGGAACCUGUUCGUCGACAGAGCAUCUAGUGAGCAAGGGGCAGGAGUAGGCAUAGUCCUAUUAGUACCCAACAAGAUCAUCAUAGAAUACGCAGUCCACCUGAGUUUCAAGGCUACCAACAAUGUGGCAGGACAGUUCCAGACGAACGACUCAAACAUGGCAAAAUAUAUGACAAAGGCGAAAGAAAAGCUCAAAAACAUUGAAAAGAACGGAGGCCAAUGGGAAAUAGUUCCCAUCCCUAGGGAAGAGAACACUAAGGCAGAUGCCAUAGCCAAAGCUGCAGCAAGCAAAAUGGAGGAGGAGCAAGUGUUGCCAGUCUCAGUACUCGAUCCCUGGAUACAACCCAUAGUGACGUAUUUACCAGAGGGAACACUACCAGAGGGACGCGCAGAGGCAGCUAAGUUGGCCCGAAUUUCCUCAGUAUAUUCCCUAAUAGAAGGAGUGCUAUACCAGACAUCAGUCUCACACCAAUGGUCCAAAUGUCUAUCACUGGAAGAGGGUAACUACGUACUCAAGGAAAUCCACGAGGGAGAUUUUGGAGCACAUGAAGGCGCAGUCACCCUAUAUAGAAAGGCGAUGUUGCAAGGCUUUUACUGGCCGACCAUGAAGAAAGACGCAGAAGAAAUGGCAAGGAAGUGUGACAAGUGUCAGAGGUUUGGGUCACUCAUCAGAACCCCAGCUGCUCACCAAUCGACUAUCAUGAGUCCCUGGCCUUUCAUGGUAUGGGGAGUAGACAUAUUGGGACCAUUCACCCCAUCCAUAGGACAAGUAAAGUUCAUAGUAGUCGCAGUGGACCACUUCACCAAGUAG